ACCUGUUCGUCUCAGAGUGCCUAGUGUUUUAGAGUACUGUGGUGUGAUCUCUUUAUUUUCUUGAAACAACUUGUUACUGUCAUUGCUGUUUACUGACUCAGUGUGUGUUAUCUCCCACCUGAAGAAAAGGCAAUGACUGUGUGAAUCUCCAUGUUCACACAGGACUGCAGAAGCUGUGGGUGCUACCUCUCAGAGAGAUGUAAGGGUGCCCUCCAUAGAGCCUGCUGUAAAAAGUGCUUUGUUUAGGGCUGCACCCAGGGCUAGGUCCAGUCCACCCCCGCCCUGCUGGACUUUGCUUCACAGAAGUUGGCACAGCCUUUUCUAUGGGCUCAUUGUUCAUGGCUGCAAAGAUUAUUAAGGGAGGAUCAGGACAGUCCGACAUUCAGAAGAUAAUUAGGAGUUGGGGUUGCUCUGCACUUUCUUUGACUUCUUCAUCCAAACAAAAAAGCUGAAGUGACAUGACCUUGGAGAUGGGGCCUUGGUAUCUGCCCUGCACUCAGCUCUUUGGGCCUGUUUCUCAGGUGUAGGGCAUGGGUACAACCCGCUGCCAGCCUUGUGCUGCCUUCUGAGGAGUGAACUUCAUUUAGGGCUUGCUCUAUUCAGGAAAAAUCUAAUCACACUGAGUCUACAUUGCUUGUUUGUUGUACCCUUAGUCUGCACACUGAUUUGUCCAGGACAAUGCCAAUUCAUACAACUGGCUGUAGAUGACCUAACACUAUUACUUAUUUUUAGAUCCCACUUUGAUUUGCAUAUACUUCCUAGCUUGGAUGAUACCCUCUAUGGUCAUGCUGGUUAUGAGGAAGGUUCAUAAUGCUCUUUAAUGGGUGCUCUAGUAUGCUAGCACAUGCUGAGAGUAAAGCAUUUUUAUAGCUUAAUAGGUGCAGAAAUGCAUCACUCACUGAAGUAAAGUAUGAAUUUUCUUAUAUACCUAUGCAGAGAUAUAUAUUGAAACUUGUCAUAGUCAAGAGAGUAAAUAUUACUAUCACUUCCAAAGUAAGUUUUCUGUCUUUUAAAAAUUCCUAAGCUGGGCGUGGUGGCACUUGCCUUUAUUCCCAGCACUCAGGAGGCAGAGGCAGGUGAAUUUCUGAGUUUGAGGUUUGCCUGUUAUAUAAAUCUAGUUUUAGGGUAGCUAUGGCUACACAGAGAAACCCUGCCUCAGAAAAUAAAAAUAAAUAAACAAUAAACAAAUAAAAUAAAAAUGAACAUUAUUUAGGGCUAAAAGAGCUGACUCAGCUGUUAAAAGCACUGACUGCUCUUACAGAGGGCUUGAGUUUGGGUCCCAGGACCUAUGAUAGAGUUUACAACUGCCUGCAGCUCCAGGGCAUCGAUGCCUUCUGGACUCAAAGGACACUCACUCGCUUGCACAAUCUUCUACCCAGACAGACAGACAGACAGACAGACAGACAGACAGACGUGCAAAUGAAUAGAAAUAAAAAUUAAAAUAAAACAUAGUCUGCUGCUGUUUUCUGGAGAGGCUUUUAUUAUCUUAUGCUCUUUCCAGUGGUAGAUCCAAGGCUCUUCUGUUAUGCAUGUGGCCAGCAGUUGGAUGGAAGCAGGAUCUCACUCAUGUAGGCAGCUCCUUUCCUAACUCAUGGAACUAACUUCUAGCAACAUGUAUGGUUCUUACUGGUAUCUUAUCUGUGAAGUAUAUGCUUGAAUCAUUUGUUUUUUAUAGGAUUAUUUUCUUGAUAUAUUCUGGAUGUCUUUUCUCUGGUAGCUGCCUUGUUAACUGUUCUCCACAGUCUGUCAUCUAACUUUUCUUAAUGGCAUCUUUAGAAUAUUUCUUUUGUGAAAUUGGGAUUGUGAACCUUUUCCUAGUUUGUCUAAGACAUUUUUUUACCCUAGAAGUUCUGUAGCCUUUGCUUAUACACAUUUAGAUCUGUACAUAAUUGAUUUUGUGUUUGGCACAAGAUACAGAGUUGAUGUUCUCUACAUGAAUGUUGGCUUUUUCCUUCAGCAUUUAUUGGGGAAACAUUCAUUUAGUUACCUGUUUCCUCAGUCAAAAGUCCAGUGGCCUUGUAUUGAUGAGUGUAUUUUCAGUGGGUGCAUGUAAGUGUGCACUUUGAGAUCGGAUCUCACUGCUGCAAAAGCUUGCCUCAAACUCACUGUGUAGCUUAGACUAGCUUUGCAUCCAUAGUGGUCUUCUGUGUUAGCCUUCCUAGUUGGGGUUAGUGGAAUGACCACACCCAGCCCUCUACAGUCUAAUUCUGCUUCUCUGAUUUGUAUAACUGUCCAUAUCCUAGUCUCAUGCUUUGUUAUUUAUUUUCUAUUUUCUGUGUUAUGAGUGUUUUGCCUGUGUAUAUGUCAGUGCAACCAUGCAUGCAUGGUGUCUGUAAGAGCCAGAAGAGGCCUUUAGAUCCUUUGGGACUGGGCUUACGAGUGGUUAUAAGCCACAGUAUCAGUGCUGGGAAUUGAACUUGGGUCUUCUGGAAGAGGUAAAAAAAAAAUGCUCUUAACACCAACAGAUCUAUUCAGCUCCAGAAGAUUAAUCUAACUAUCUUUUUCUCGUUCUCGCUUUCUUCCUCUAUUUUCCUUUUUUUUUUUUCUGAGACAAGGUCUCACUAUGUAGCCUUGGCUUGGCUUUGUAAAUCAAGCUGGCCUUGAUCUCAUAGAAAUCUGCCUGCUUCUGCCUUCCAAGUGUUGGAGUUAAGAGCAUAUGCCACCAUACCCAGCAAGCUUGAUAUUCUAAUAGACAGAUAUUCUAAUAGACUAGAACAGUCCUAGGGCAUGACACUCCUAUUUUGUUAAAGAACUUUACAUCUGUCUAUGUGAAGUACAUUGACUUCUAUCCUCCUACUUCUUCUCUUCCAUUGUCUUUCUCUUUUUGUUGUCUUUCUGUCUUUAUAUCUUUGUCAAAUUUUGGUGCUUAGGUUUAGCUGACUUCAUAACAUUUUUAAAAACGGAGAGUCAAUGGUUACCUGCUGUUUUCUGAUAAACUUUGUGUAAGUUCAUGCCAUUUCCUUCUCAAAUGUUUACUAGAAUUUACUAGUGAAACAUGAAGUGUGGGGUUUUUCUUUUGAGCAAAGUUUUUGGUAAUACUUCUUAAUAUUCUCUUUUUUCUUUUCCUGAUUGAACCCAGGGUAUCAUCUGUGUUAGGUGAGUGUUCUACCACUCAGAUUUCUAAUCUUAAACUUUUGAUAUUUCUGAUAAUGAAUUCAAGUUUUAGAAAUGAUCAUCAUUUAUUCAGACUUAACUUAUUUAUGUCUACACUGGAUUGUCUGUAUCCUCUUCCUCUUCACUUCAGCUUUGUCUGUUGGAAGGAGAAAUAUGAACUUUAUGAGAGGUGUUCUUGGAUGUAUUAUUUCUUUCCAGGUCAUGCUCAGAACAAAGUUAGGUUAACAGGCUCAUUCUUUUCCUAGUUCUAUCCAGUGUCAUUUCUGGGAAGCUGCUGUGUUUUCAGAGAUGUGGGACAGUGUUGUGGCCAUGCGUAACAAAUGGAGAUGGCUCCUCAGUCACUCUGGCUUCCUGCAAGCCAGACCCACUGUGGCUACUCAUGACCUGAUAGACAGGGUCUCUGAGGCAGGGUUUGUCCAUGGGGAAAGACGUUUUGAAUUUUCUUUUCAGGUCUUUUAAAAUCUUAAAUCUUGUAGUUAGAAUGUCAUUGUCGUCGUAGUCGUUGUCAUCUCCUCCUCCUCCUCUUCUUCCUCCUCCUCCUCCCCCUCCCCCUUCUUCUUCCAACUCCUCUUCCUACUCCUCUUCUUCAUCUUACUCUUCCUCCUCCUCCUUCUUUUUUUUUUUUUUUUUUUUUUUUAACCUUUUGACAUACCAAGAGGAAUAAGGAAGCAAUUGUAAGUUUGGUUAGAAGGAAAAGGUAAACCAGCCCCAUGAUACCUGAUCGACACGAGGGAGGGAUGGCUGUAGAAAAGGAAGCAUCAUCCCCUGGUACUUCUUAUAUGUGGUGACUUCCCUGCCUUGGGAUAUGGUGUAAACUGGCCUUUUCUGGAUAUUUGACAAGUGACAGCCCCUGGACCAAGUAUGUGAGUGAAUUUACAGAGUACAGGUAGCUUGACUGAUAGAACUUUUUCUUUUAGGACACUGCACACAGCUUCCUGGAUGCAGACACUUGGCAUCUGUAAGAGGCUUACUCAUGGACCUCUGUAUAUCUUAAGGGAGCCUGAGGUGUUCAUAUGUUUGCAGCCAUGAUCUUGGGUCUAGGAUUAGGGUUUUCAUGGUCAGGAUUAUGACUUGGAAGGACAGGUGUAAUUCUCAGUUCCCUUUCUGGUCUGGAUUUAAAGGACAGCUGUGUUAGAGUCCCAAGUUCAUGUGCCAUUACAUCUGUCACAGGGUUUAUUGGCAGGCAUUCAGUCCCUAUAGGACGAGCCCCACAAACACAACGUGUCCUAGACAAGGACCAUCUUCGCCCUCUGCCUUGAAUAUCCAUUGUGUGUGUAUGUAUGUGGUAAGCGCAGAUGGACUUGCAGCAAUGGCACUGGCUGUGUGAGUCUGUGAGCUUAGUUCAGAUGGGUCUCUUUAGUCCUAUAGCCUGGCUCUACAGUGACAAAGUUUGAGACUGUCACGGUGUGCGUGUUCAAAGGAAUGUAGUCAUACAUUCCUUAAAAGCAUUUUGGGGAGAGAUAGUGACCGCUCUUCCAUCUGGGCAUGAUGGAUUGGCUGGGAGGGAUGGGGCAGUUUUGUUACACAGUGACUGAGUAACUGUGUGCUUUUCUAGACUGUCCUGGGGCUGAGUGUCAUUCUGGCCUCCCUGCCUGAGGGGAGGUAAUGGGCCAAAUAGAGCAUUUCUUUGAACUCUGCCCCUGUUGUCCUAGCUGUUUCCCAGCAGCAGAAUCAGGGAGCGUCUUAUACAAGUGAGCACCUUACUCAAUGGAGACCAUGGUCAGUUUCUCAGACAAACACAGGAAAGUAGGAGGACAUGGCAAGUCUCAGCUCCAAGAAUGUUUUAAGUUUGCAUUGAAACAGGUGAGGUUUGUUGUGGAAGUUAGGCUGAAGUAUAGAUGGCAUUUUUAAAUAUCUGUAAGGCUGUUCAUUCCAGAUUACAUAGUAAGUGUGCGUGCGUGCAAAGUUAGAUGUGACCUGGGAUCAGGAAUGGUUUCGUUCUGAGUUUACCUUGUAUGUACUCUACAAGGAGCACUCGGGGAUCCAUCUGGGAGCAGGAUGGAGACUCCACUUUUGUGGAGACAGAGAAAGGAGAAGCUGCAGAUGCUUUUAUUUAACUGCUUUCAAUUUCUAAUUAAUUCUAAUUUCCAAUUCACCUUUAUAGUCCUAAACUGUCUACUGCCAGGAAAUUUUGUAAUGGUAGCAGCCAGGUUUUUCUAGAAAGAGCCAGAUAGUUUUAUCUUUGUGGGCUAUGGAAGCCCUGUGACAACUCAAUUGUUCAUAAACAGUAUGUAAAUGAGCAGUUGUGUCUGUGUUCCAAUAAAACUUUAUUCAGCAAGCAGAUACCAGCUUGUAGUUUGCUCAUUCCUGAUUGAUAGCCUCAGACUGCAUUUUCAGUGUUGCUGCUGUUGUUAUUGGUUGUGAACCUUAGCCUUUAAAGGUUGAGCCAUCGCUCUAUUCCAAUUUUAAAAAUAUUUUAAUUUUUAAGAAUUUAUACAAUGUAUUUAGAUCUUGUUUCACCCCUCCUUCAGUCAGUUUUUCCCAGAUCUACCCCCACUUCCUUAAUUCACUCAACUUUCUGUCCUUUUAGAAAAAAAAAACAUCAUGUAGUCUAAUUUGUGUUGCCCAAAUACUCUUGGGUCUGGGCCUCCCCUGAAGUGUGGUUAUUCUACCAGAAGCCACAUUCUUUUAAAAAACAAACAAACAAACAAACAAACAAACAAAACAAACAAGCAAACAGAUUUUUCCUCCUCCAGCAGCUAUUAAAUGGUAAUAGCUCUUCCACUAGGAGUGGGACUUCAUGACUCCUGCCCUCGCUCCCUAGUGCUGGGAUUUGUCUGGUUUGAGGUUGCACAGGCAUUGUGAAUGCUGUGACAGCUGCUGUGAGUUCAUACGUGCAGCUUCCCUGUUGUGUUUGCAAAGCACUGUUUACUUGUAGUCAUUACCACCUCUGGCUCUGCAAAUCUUUCUGUCCCAUUUUCUGUGAGCCUUGUGGGGAGGAGUGUGGUAUAGAUUUCCCAUCUAGGGCUGAACACUUCAUACUCUAAUUCUCUGCAUGUUGGUCAGUUAUGUGUCUCUGUAUUGAUUCUCGUCUACUGCAAGAAGAAACUUCUCUGAUGAGGAUUCAGAGAUGCACUAAUCUAUAGGUAUAACAAUAAGCCAUUAGGAAUCAUUAUAAUAUUAUGUCCAAUUAAUAAAAUGAUAGAAGUAGGGUCUUUCUUAGGGCCUUUAACUUGUCUAGUCAUAAAGUUUUGGUUCUGAUAACUGUGCUAGAUAUGGAUUCCAUCUCAUGGAGUGGGUCUUAAAUCCAUUCAGAAAGUGGUUACAUUCAUGUAAGUGAUAAGUGGUAGCAUUCAUGCCAUUCAUUAUUGUACCAGUGGGCACAUGCUGCCAAGACAGUUGUGGAUCACAGGGGUCAUGGUGGAUAAGACUGAGGAUUACUGUCUUGUCUGGUAGUGAGCAUAGCACCUUUCCACACUGUGAAAUCUAGCCAGUAGGAAUGAACCUUUUCAAGGUUAGGACCCACCUGUUUUUCUCUGUGUUUUUAUGACUCAAGUGAUGGUAUUUUCAGUAAUAGGGUCUUAUCAGCAAAUUCUGAAGGGCAACCAAGAACAAUGUGAAUGUAAUGUUUGAGUGACCCGACAACUCAAAAGAGGUUUUUUGGUUUUUGUUUGUUUGUUUGUUUUUUCAGCUUUGCUGUAUUGUUAAAUCAGUUUCCCUGAUAUUCCUCCCUGUUUUUAUUUUUGUUUUUUGUUUUUUCGAGACAGGGUUUCUCUGUAUAGCCCUGGCUGUCCUGGAACUCACUUUGUAGACCAGGCUGGCCUCGAACUCAGAAAUCCACCUGCUUCUGCCUCCCGAGUGCCACCAACCGCCUGGCUUAUUCCUCCUUGUUUUGAGUGUCACUACUGAGGCAGUGAAUUAAUUUAUUCUUGAUAAAUAAAGAUGACUCUGUCUCCUUGUUUUCUGUGAUGAUGAAAAUGGUGUCUUAACUAAGAUUAUAUUUGAGAUAUUUAGCUGAAAACUCAAGAACUUAUGAUUUAAAAAGAUAGCGAUUUUCUUCCAUAGGAAGGAUUGGUAUCAGCAGGCUGGUGAUACCAGGGAGUACCAUGCUCCAGUAGCAGCCCAGUGGAGGAUGGAAACUCAGCUUCCAGCUAUUUUUUUUAUUUUUUAUUUUUUAUUAUUUUUUAUUUUUAAACUCUGUCCCUACUGUUCUUAGGAUGAGGGCUUCCCUCUCAAGGUCACUUUUGAAAGCAAAAUACUUGCUGCAGGGGCCAGCCAGGGGCCACUGGGUGCCUCUGAGUUUCCUGUGAGAAUGCUGCUGGAGGCUACUGGUGAUGUCAGCCUAACUUGCUCUGCUGCCCCAGCUGUGCAUUGUUCUUAUCUGGGUCUCAUCAGCUGGGGAGAGAGCUAGGUCUGCACUAGGAGAGGUGGCCUCAGGUGCAAGUUUCUUUUUAUUUGGGUGCCUGCCUAAGUGCCUUUGUGUGCUUGUGUGUUUUGUUCACAAAAUAUGGCUCAUGCAUGCCAUAGCAUGUGUGUGGAGAUCAGAGGACAACUUGAAGGAGUCAGUUUCCUGCUACUGUCAUGUGGUUCUUGGGGACUGAACUUAAGUCAAACGGCUGCCAUCUCGUUGGCCCUCAGGAUGAUUUUGAAAGGAAAUUUAUUUUAAGUACUGUGGUGGUAGUCUCCAGCUUUUUUUUUUUUUUUUUUUCCCCGAGACAGGGUUUCUCUGUGUAGCUCUGGCUGUCCUGGAACUCACUUUGUAGACCAGGCUGGCCUCGAACUCAGAAAUCUGCCUGCUCUGCCUCCCUAGUGGUGGGAUUAAAGGCAUGCGCCACCACUUCGUCGUUUUGAUAACCUGCUGGGUUGUUUGUUCCAUGUCUGGGCGUCCUGGACUGGAAAGGUAGAGUGGUCGGAUGCUGUGCUGCAGUCCUUCCUUGCCUCCAGUUCUUCUUUUUCAUACUGGAUCCUUUCCCCACCCCCAAUAUAUUCUGAUCAUAGUUUCUUCUUCUCUAACUCUUCCCAGGUCCUUCCUACCUCUCUACCCACCCAAUUCCACACCCUCCCACUUUAGAAAGCAAAUGGGCAAACAGCAACAAAAAUCAAAACCAAACCCCAAACAAAUCAGAAUUAAAAAAGGAAAAAAAAAAAAAAAACAAUAGAAACACGCACACAAUCCAUUAAAACACAGGACCAGAAGCCAUAACAUACAAGCAAAAGAUCAGUAAGACAAAUACCCAGACAAAGCAAUGUGAGACAAAAAUGAAAUAUUGGGUUCAUUUUUGUUGGUCAGCUACUACUGGGCAUGGGCCUGCCCUUAAGUGUGGUUAAUAUGCCCACAAUUAGACUAUUGGAGAAAACUAACAUUUCUUUAUAAACAGGUGUCAAUUGCAGAUAGCUUCUUCUUAACUAGGGGUGAAAGUCUUUCUUGCUUCCAGUUCUCUUGGGGGCCCAGAGAAGCCUGUGGCAGCUGUUCUGUCAGGAUUCCCUGUCAUGGCCAUGGCCUGGGAAGUGGUAGAGCUAGCUGUAGGACCUGUCCUGAGCGCCUUCUAUCCAGCUGCGGGGCCAGUGGUUGUGGUGCUGUCUGCUUCCGUGUUUCAGGCUCUGCACAUGUCCAGCUGCUGUGAAUAGUCUGUCUGGGGUGCUUCCAGUAGGGAACAGUGCAUGGGUACCCAGGGGGCAGAGCUGCAUCAGAACAGCAGGAUAUGAGUAACAGGAAGUGACAGGAAUCGCCUAGGGCGCCGGACCUUUUCUGGUCUACCUUCCUGAGCCAGGAGCUAUAUUUAGCAGAGCAUUUCCCAAUCCUGUCCUGUGCUGUCACUGUUUGCCACCUCCCUAGUCAGUGGCUGGGUGGCACAGUCCUAAUGUGCUACUCUGUGUCCCUGGUCUACCUGUGUGUGUGACCCACAGGUUGUUCUUCACCACUGUAAAACUUCUUCCUGCUUGUGCCGGUUCUCUUGGAUGCUGAAGCACUUGAGGCAGCUGGGAAGUGGAGAACAACAGGUCAGACAGAGCCCAUGAGAGACUGUUAGGGUCUUGGGUAAGAGGUCAUCACUCCAUGUAGGAAGCUCAUCUUGUGUGCCGACAACAGGAAAGAAAUGGAAGAUUGGAUUGCAGCACUCAAGACUGUCCAGAACAAAGAGCAUUUUGAGCCUACCCAAUAUAGCAUGGACCAUUUCUCAGGGAUGCACAACUGGUAUGCUUGUUCCCAUGCACGGCCAACCUAUUGCAAUGUGUGUCGUGAAGUUUUGUCAGGGGUCACAUCCCAUGGGCUAUCCUGUGAAGUGUGUAAGUUUAAGGCUCACAAACGUUGUGCUGUGCGUGCAACUAGUAACUGCAAGUGGACCACAUUGGCCUCAAUCGGGAAGGAUAUCAUUGAGGACGAGGAUGGGAUUGCCAUGCCUCACCAGUGGUUGGAAGGAAACCUGCCUGUGAGUGCCAAGUGUAUCGUGUGUGACAAGACUUGUGGCAGCGUGUUACGCCUGCAGGACUGGCGCUGCCUCUGGUGCAAAGCCAUGGUUCACACAUCUUGCAAAGAGUCCUUGGUGAUGAAGUGUCCACUUGGCCUGUGCAAGGUGUCUGUCAUCCCUCCCACGGCACUCAACAGUAUUGACUCCGAUGGGUUCUGGAAGGCCACCUGUCCCCCGUCUUGUACAAGCCCUCUGCUGGUUUUUGUCAACUCAAAAAGUGGAGACAAUCAAGGUGUGAAGUUUCUCAGAAGAUUCAAGCAGCUGCUGAACCCUGCCCAGGUUUUUGACCUCAUGAAUGGAGGACCACACCUUGGCUUACGGUUAUUUCAGAAGUUUGACACCUUCCGGAUUCUGGUUUGUGGCGGGGAUGGCAGUGUUGGCUGGGUCCUCUCUGAAAUCGAUAGCCUCAACCUUCACAAACAGUGUCAGCUAGGUGUGCUGCCCCUGGGGACAGGGAACGACCUGGCCCGUGUUCUUGGCUGGGGCUCUGCCUGUGAUGAUGAUACACAGCUUCCUCAGAUCUUGGCAAAGCUGGAGAGGGCCAGCACUAAGAUGCUGGACAGGUGGAGUGUCAUGGCAUAUGAGACCAAGCUCCCUCGGCAGGCCUCCUCCUCCACUGUCACUGAGGACUUCAGCGAGGACUCAGAGGUGCAGCAAAUUCUCUUCUAUGAAGACUCAGUCGCAGCUCAUCUUUCUAAAAUCUUAACUUCGGACCAGCAUUCUGUGGUGAUCUCAUCAGCCAAAGUGCUCUGUGAGACAGUGAAGGACUUUGUGGCUCGAGUGGGCAAGGCCUAUGAGAAGACGACAGAGAGCUCGCAGGAGUCAGAGGUCAUGGCCAAGAAGUGCUCUGUCUUGAAAGAGAAACUGGACUCUCUCCUCAAGACCUUGGAUGACGAGUCUCAGGCUUCAUCCUCUCUGUCUAACCCACCUCCUACCAUUGCUGAGGAGGCUGAGGAUGGGGACGGAUCAGGCAACAUCUGUAGCUCUACUGGGGACCAUUUGGUGGGCUCGGCAUGCCCCUCCCGGCCACAGAUCUUCCGGCCCCGGGAGCAGCUAAUGCUGAGAGCCAACAGCCUGAAGAAAGCAAUUCGCCAGAUUAUAGAGCACACAGAAAAAGCGGUGGAUGAGCAGAAUGCCCAGACCCAGGAGCAGCAGGGUUUUGUCCUAGGCCUCUCUGAAUCUGAGAAGAAGGACUUGAAGACUGACAACAGGGUGUGCACAUCAUCUGUCCAUAGUGAGAGCUGUGUGAUUGCCAAGGGGAGAAGUCAACGCAAAGCAUCCAGGGCCCCUUGUGAGAAGCUGGUGAGCAAAGGCCUGUCACUCGGCAGCUCUGCCUCACUCCCUCCUGGUACAGGAAGCCGGGACAGCCUGCCUGCUCUGAACACCAAGAUCCUAUAUCCAAGUGUUCGGGCAGGGAUGUCUGGCUCCUUGCCAGGGGGCUCAGUCAUCAGUCGCUUGUUAAUUAAUGCUGAUCCCUUUAAUGCUGAACCUGAAAACCUAGAAUACUACACAGAGAAGUGUGUCAUGAACAACUAUUUUGGCAUUGGCUUGGAUGCAAAGAUAUCUCUGGACUUCAACAACAAGCGUGAUGAGCACCCAGAGAAAUGCAGGAGUAGGACUAAGAACAUGAUGUGGUAUGGUGUCCUUGGCACCAAAGAGCUGCUGCACAGAACCUACAGGAACCUGGAACAAAAGGUCCUGCUGGAGUGUGAUGGCCGCCCUAUUCCCCUCCCGAGUCUUCAAGGAAUUGCUGUCCUCAACAUUCCCAGCUAUGCUGGAGGGACCAACUUCUGGGGGGGCACCAAGGAAGAUGAUACUUUUGCAGCUCCAUCAUUCGAUGAUAAGAUUCUGGAGGUGGUUGCUGUGUUCGGCAGCAUGCAGAUGGCUGUGUCUCGUGUAAUUAAGCUACAGCAUCAUCGGAUUGCCCAGUGUCGCACAGUGAAGAUCUCCAUCCUGGGGGAUGAAGGCGUGCCUGUGCAGGUGGAUGGGGAAGCCUGGAUCCAGCCACCUGGGUACAUUCGGAUCGUGCACAAGAACAGGGCGCAGACAUUGACCAGAGACAGGGCCUUUGAAAACACCCUGAAGUCUUGGGAAGACAAACAGAAGUGUGAGCUGUCCCGCCCACCCUCCUUUUCCCUGCACCCUGAGAUCCUGUCUGAGGAGGAAGCUACCCAGAUGGAUCAGUUUGGGCAGGCAGCAGGGGGCCUCAUUCACAGCAUUCGGGAGAUAGCACAGUCCCACAGAGCCAUGGAACAGGAGCUCGCACAUGCUGUCAAUGCCAGCUCCAAAGCCAUGGAGCGAGUAUACGGCAAGCCCAGAACUGCAGAGGGGUUGAACUGUAGCUUUGUUCUGGAGAUGGUGAAUAACAUCAGAGCACUGCGCAGUGAGACAGAGCUGCUGCUGGCUGGGAAGAUGGCCCUGCAAUUGGAUCCCCCUCAGAAGGAACGGCUCGGGGCUGCCCUAAUUGAGAUGGACCAGCAGCUCAGGAAGCUGACAGACACUCCCUGGCUUUGCCAGCCCUUGGAGCCUGGUGAGGAAGAGUCUCUCCAACAGAAUGUGAUGCUGGAUCUUACUAAACGCAGCCGUAGUGGUAAAUUCCGCCUUGUGACCAAGUUUAAAAAGGAGAAAAACAAUAAGAACAAAGAAGUUCACAGUAACCUAGGAGGCCCUGUUCACCUCUGGGGGACAGAGGAGGUUGCUGCCUGGCUGGAGCACCUCAGUCUCUGUGAGUAUAAGGACAUCUUCACGCGGCACGACAUCCGGGGCUCUGAGCUCCUGCACCUGGAGCGGAGGGACCUCAAGGACCUUGGUGUGACCAAAGUGGGCCAUAUGAAGAGGAUCCUUUGUGGGAUCAAGGAGCUGAGCCGGAGCUCCCCUGCCGCCGAGGCCUAGCCUCUGCGUUCUCUGCCUGCAUUCUCCGCUCCUCCCGAGACUGAGGCCUAGGGAGGACACUGCCAGCACUCAGCCCCUGGCCUUUCUCAUGGUGCUAUUCCUUUUGUUAGAGACAGGAAGCCCAAUGCCCGUUGGUAACAGCUUUGGAGUCUUGAACAUACCAACACAGCUACCUUUGAGAGAAUACUUUUCCUAGCUGCAGUCAUUUGGGGCAGACUGUGUCACAUCCACUUGUGGCUCUUGCUAACCUGCCUUGUGGGCCACAGGGAAUGUGGUGAAUGAAGCCUGACCACCCAGCACCUGGCAUCCCUGCAGAACCUUCUUACCUGGGGCACAUGCUUGGAUUGUGCUGUGCACUCCUUUUCUGUGUCCUUUAUUGGUCACACUGGGUAGUACCAUCUUCUGUCUCUAUUGGCUCUCAGAAACAGAGUUGGGUCAGGCCUCAGUGGCCCUCACCAGAAUGUUCUCUGUGCCUGCUACCCACUCUGUAGUUCUUCACAGCAGCCCCACAAAGGCAGCCCACUGCUGUUGCCCCCUUUGUUCACAAGGUUUCAUUGUUUUAAAAAACAAGCUAUUUACUUUCCUGGUUUGAAAAUGGCAUGGAUGUGUUUCCAGGCUUGUUAUAGUCUGUGAGGAAGGAGGAAAGUCCUCCUGCUUAGGCCAGGUCUCAGGACACUUGGUUCUCCCCACUCUUGUCCUGUGGGCUGUGAGCAUGUGGACAGCCCAUGUAUCUCCUCAGGAUGCUACAGGUGUCUGCAGUCCAGUCUGGGGCAGAUAAGGAUUGCCACUAACUCAGCAUUCCUGUGGAGACCAGGCUUCUUGGAUGCUGGAAGUGACAUAUGCCAUGAGAGAAUGAAUAGGGGCAGUCAUCUGGAGCCAUCUUGGGUGGCUUCUCAUCUGCGCUGAGGUUUGUUGUCCCAGGAGAUGCCUGUUAGGCCUCUUGACUGUUGCUGCCUUGCUACUAUCUGCUGGGCAGAAAGCUCUCCAAGGCCCAGACUACAUCCUGUGGGCAGUUCCCAGGUGAGGAUGUCCUGAGUCUUCACUGCCACCUACUUACCCUUCUCUACUUUUGAGAUAGUCCUCCACAGGGACUGAUAGAACAGCUGGAAAGGGAGGGCUGCUGGUCUGUGGUCCUCACCAGAGAUGACAGGUCUGUGGGCUCUGCCGGUGCUUCCCCAUCUGACAUGGGAAGGAAGUACUGAAUUUGGGCUCUAGGUAGAGUCUGCAGCAAUUCCAGCUGGGAGGCAAGGUUGACCUGCUGUUUGUUCUGAAGACUAGACUCCUUGUUCAUCUUCCCUUUCCUGGUGACAGAUCUGAGAGCCCUGGUGAGCAGAGUGGAGUAUGGAAAGGGCCUACAGUGUUGUUCCUGCUGUGUUCUGCCCCAGGCCUAGAGUUCCACCCAUUGUCUAUCAGCUGUGGGCUGGGAGAAUCUUUGCCCUGUGUGUGGUUGUUGCUGCCUCCCUGAAUGGAAAUAAUUUUCACUUUCCACCUGGGAUUCUAUUUUCCACUGAGCAGUCAAUGUAGACCAGAAUGUGGAAGCAGGGAUAACCUCAGAUAAUUCACAGAGCUUUUGCCAGCCAGACCAGCUGAAACUUAGGUGACUAGGGUCCUGAGAAACAACUGAGGGCAGUGGCCUUCUUGAGAAAGCUUCAUGUUUGGGUGAGGGUGUUAGAAAUCAUUAUUGUCAACAAAAAGUGAAAGGUCCAGUCUGAGUGCUGGAGGGACCUGCCAGGUGGCCAUGCUCUCCGCAGAUGUGUUCUGGCCAUCACCACCCUGCCCCAAACCCAUAGCAGUUCUCUAGAGUUCUGGAGAGGGAUAGAAUGAAGGAUCCCAAGGAAUUGGAGUAAAGGUUUUGUGCCUGCAGGUGGGGCUACCUUAACCCCUCAUAUUUAUAAUCUUAAUUUAUAGUGACCAUCUGGAGCAGAUUCCUCUUGUAUUGUUAUGUACAUAGUCUGCAUCAGAGAGUUGUAAAUAAGUUCUUCUGUGUAUAAUAAAACAGGCCUGUUUUUGAUCUUCCAGUGAGCAUUCCUGUCCUCAUUUCUGUGCUGACAGUUGCUAGCGGUUCUGAAGACUCGGUUGCUGACUUGGUGGCUAUAAAGCAGAACAGAGCUGUUAUAUUCCAAGGGUCUGCUGAUAGGCAGUUCAGCCAGUGUAGCUCUGGGUUAGUCACUAGCAACAACAAAAACUUCUGGACAGCAAUCGCCAUUAAUGCUUCUUGUCAGGGUGCCGUCAUUCACCUUCACACAUGGAUGGUUAGCUUGCUGAACUGCUGUGCUCCUGCAGGUAGUGUGGCGGUUCUGGUAUUGUUGAGUCUCUCGUAAUUAUAUCUGACCUAGGGGGAAGCUAGCAGCUAUGAAACCACUUUGGAUUGCCAGGGCAUUCAUAACACCUACUGCAAUGGCCCUGGCCAGAUCCUGUCCCCAGAAUAGUAAACAGAGCUACUCAACAGCCAGUUCUUCCAGUACACUUCCCCAAGAGUCUAUAUUUAUUUUAAGCCAAAAUAGACUUAUUUCCAAAAUCAGUGUUUCUAAUAUAACUCAUGUUUGUUGAAUGUCUAGAGAAAAAAGAAAGUUGUGCUGCUUGAAGAAAAAGUCACGCAAGUCCCUCAAGCAGCAGGACACAGACGGCAGGCAGUAUAUGACAGAGUUGAGGACUGCAACUUUAAGAAUGUUUUAUUUUUUUCUUUAAUAAAGUCUUAGUGUUUUU